AUGGCGACACCACCACCGACAUCAACGACACCAACGAUGACACCGGGGAAAUUUAGGCGAAUUCUCCUCUCGAACAUGGAAUCCUUUCUCGUGCACACGAUGCCGCUCGUGCGAUUAUGCGAAAAGGAAAACAAUACUAAAAAGAGUAAGAAAGAUUUUACGUUGAAAAGUUUAUGGGAGGCAUUCCACGAGACGAGCGCGUUCGGGUGCGAAGUCCCUCUGGAAAUGAAUGCGAACAACAAGGAAAGGAAUGAGAAGGAGGAGGAUGCGGAGGAAAACGAGGAACCGGAGGUGAUUGCGCAGUAUUACGCGAGUUACGUUUCAGCGUUUCAGAUUUUCGAGAAGACGAAGAAGAAGACAAAGAAGACUUUAAAGAAGAAGAGACGAGAGGAGCGGAGAAGUAAAAACGGUGUUGGUGAGAGUAGGAGCGAUGAUUAUGAUGAUGAUUUUACCCAGGCGGCAUCCGCGCAAUAUUUCGAAUCGUUAGCGCCGUAUUCGAGACCGCCUUUGACGGACGUCAUCGAAAGACUCGCCGAGGAGAAUGAAAAAGUACAAAGUUUGAAAGCAUCGGAGAUUGAUCGAGAGAAGUCGUGGUUUUGUUUCGCGUGGUAUCCGAUUUAUAGGAUACCGCAAGGAACGAGUCGGUCGGAUAUUCAGGGGUGUUUUUUAACCUAUCACGGGUUGAAUCAUUUAGAUAUAGAGGACGAGGAGGAUGAGGAGGAGGAUGGAGACGAGAGCGGCAAAGAUAUAGAGGAAGAAGAUGAAGAGGAGGAGGAGGAGGAGGAGGAAGAAGUGGACAAAGAUGGUUCACAAGGUGAUGAAGAAGUAGAACACGGAGAAAAAAACGGGAAAACAAGUAGGAUUCGAGGAUUACCUCCACUCCCACCCGCCUCUUUGACGCUUGCCGGCGAAACCAGACUCCAAAGGCGCAUCGAAGACGCCAAGAAGAGCGUCGCCGUCCUCGAAAAGGACGAACGUAGCAAUACAACCACCACCACCAAAGGAGAUGAUGAAGAACACACAAACUUCAUUCCGCUCAAACCGUUCGGUUUGUGCUGUUACAAAACCGACCCGGAAAUCUGGGAAGAAUCCGACGAAGCUGAAAACGCUCGAACCGCGGCCAUGAUUGACGGCGCGUACGCCUUCUUGAGGAGCUUGGAAGUUAUUCAUCCCGAUUACGAAUUCUUUUCGCACCACGGAUGA